AUGAAGAUGCAGCCCGACCGAGGAGCACACGACAAGAAGACGACGGUGCAGGAAAGUCUACCCGAAACCAUGCAGUCAGAAGCCAAUAUCACAACCUCACACAAUGGCGGCGACAUGAACGAGAAGAUCGAGAAGGUCACUGCCAAGCGUGAGAGCGACAGAACCCUCCAUCCGGUGCAGAUGCUAGAGAGCGAGCCAUCCCUUCAUCCCACCAAUACCGAGAAUGAUCACACACCGGAUGAGCAGAAUGAUGCCUCAGACAAAGACACAGCCAAGCCACUACAAAAGCCCUCACUCAUCGUCACCCUCUCAUGUCCGGAAAUCGCUCGAUUUGUUACGGAAGAUACAGAUAGCGAUGAAGAACUCGCUGAACAGGAUAUGUAUGGCGGUGAAGAUAACGACGAUGAGGGCCCAGAACCGCUUUCAGAGGCGCAGCUAGCUUACUUCUACGCCCACUUCGUCGACAUGGAUUGGGAUGUGAAAGUAGAUGCUUGA